UUCAAGAACGCAAAAGCAGCUGAUUCACUGGGCGACAUCUCACCUCACCUGUGAGCUGUGUGGUUCACACCACGCGGCACUCUCUCUCAUUUUCACAUAAUCACCAUUCCUUUCCUCUUCCCCUUCACCUCUCCCACCAAUCGCUCUCCCUUGAAGGAAGAGGAAGAGAUCACGGAAACGGAGGAGGGGCUUCUUGGGUCCGAUGGGUUCCGGCGGUAGCCGUCUGGGUUCGCGACCCCAUCGCCCCUCCCGCAACCGCAGCGUCAAACGAACCCUCUCUUCUCUUUUAAUCUGCGGUGCUUCUCCUUCCGACUCGCCCCAUGAUCAGAUAGAAGAUCAUUUGCUGGUCAAUUCUGCAAAACACAUUAGGCCAAAAAAGCUUAAGGCCCCAAGGAGGCGUUCUGGUGCUUCCUUUACUUGCUCUAAAAUUGAAAGUGGAGUUUCAUCUGCUGGCAAUGUGGUAGAUGGUCCAAGCAAUGUCAAUGCCAGUGAUACAGGACGAAGCUUUUCUGAGAAUAAGGAAGUAGCUCCCAAUAGUAUUCGUAGUGAAACUACUCAUACUGCCCCAGGGGAUCAACCCUUUCCAAUCUCUCUAUAUAGAAUGGAAAAUGCGGAUAACUCUGAAACAGCUAGUACAAGGGAUGAUGAUGGGUCACUGAUUUGUGCUGUGUCCACUCAAUUUAGCACUCCAUCCCAUGGGGGUAUUGAAUCUCCAUCACCUGAGGAGUUGCUUGGAAACCGCUCAGAUGAUGUUAUCAUGUUUAACAAUUGUGAUUCUGCCUCUGUAUCUGUUGUUUUGGACUCUCCAGUAACUUCCCAUUCUCCCAUAGAUGAUUUGGUGGUGUCAGAGAGGGAACGAGAUGGAGGUAUACUUCAUGCUGAUAUGGACAGUAUCUCUUCCAAUGUCCAUUCUAGUAGCUCUGCUGAGGGUAGUCAUGAACCAAGACGCAACAAUCGAAGGCUAUUUUGGGAUGCCUUUUCAAGAAGGCGCCUUAGGAAUAAUGCAGAUUCCAGGACCUCUGUCUUUUUAAAUGAUGAUUCAGAUGAUGUAGGGCCUCAUGAGAGAUGGACACAUGACCUUCGUGAUGGUGCCUUUCAUAACGGUGUUGUAGGGAAUUUCAGUUCUCAUCAAAAUCGAUCUCAUGGUAGUAAUGAUCAACAUCAAUCAAGAUCAGAGAUACAGGAAAGACUUCAAAGUGGCAUUACUGCUAGUAAUAACCCAUUUGCAAACUGUCCAGCCGGUAUUCACCUUGAUGGUGCAUGUUCAUGUGACUCAGUCUUGAUGGGUGACGAAUCUGGCUCCCGUGCAAGUAUUUCACGUAUAGUCAUGCUUGCUGAAGCAUUAUUUGAGGUACUGGAUGAAAUACAUCGCCAACCUGUGCCACUUUCUUUAUCUAUGGCUUCACUUCCAGCACCAGAAGCAAUUGUUGAUUCUUUUCCAAUAAAGAAUCAUAUAAAGAAAGAAGGAUUAUUAUUUGAUGGAAAUGAUGUAACAAAGUGCUACAUAUGUUUGGCUGAGUAUGAGGAAGGAGACCAGAUACGAGUGCUCCCAUGCCACCAUGAGUUUCACAUGUCAUGUGUUGAUAAAUGGCUGAAAGAGAUACACGGUGUGUGCCCACUUUGUCGUGGGGAUGUUCAAGAAGGUUUAACAACUACAAACGCAGAUAUCCCUUCCCCAUUUUUGUCAUAGAAGGCAGGCAUCCGGCUUUCUCAUUUUUGUCAUCUCCUUGUCACUUGGUGGUGGUACAGGAGCGAAGGAAAACACAUCUUUGAUUCUUUUCUGUACACCAUUCUGGUCUUCUUAUUUUUUACGCUUCCCUUCCCCGAAGAACAACUUAGCUGCGACUCAAGAAAAAGAAGCCACAGGAAUCAACCUCUUAAUGUUGUUUUCUUUUGUUUUUGUUUUUUUGUUUGUUUUUAAUGUUGCUUUGGCACACAAAGAUGGUGGGUGGAUUGGAUGAUUGUGCAAAGUUUAUGCCUUUGACAACACAACCUUGUACAUAAAAAAAUGUAGAUUUCUUCAGAAAUGAAAAUCUCUUAGCU